AUGCAGGUCCAGUAUACUUCUCUAGAUCUCAACUCAAAUCAUGGUUUUGGUCCAAUUCCUGAGAAACGGAAAAAGCGAGCUGCACUGCUAUCAGCUGCUUUGUCAUUUGUCAUAAUGGUAGUUCUCCUUGGAGGUUUCACGCAACCAAAAUCCAAGCUGUACGUGGCCAACACGAGCAGAACAGGUGACGAUGAAAUGAUAUGCAAGAAAAACGACCGUGAGUAUUACCAUGUAGGAGUUUUUAUCUGUUCUUUGAAUUUGAUCGGUGUUAUUCUUGGGGAACUCAUAAAUCGGUUUUGUCUCGUGUUCGAGGAAUAUUUUCAUCUUUAUACUCGAUACAGUGGGAGUAAAAAGGAAAUGUUUUAUGUAUGUUUCAAUGACAUUUCAUUCCGCGCUGUGUUGUUUGGUUUUCUUGUUGCAUUCAUUAUCAUCACUACAACACUGCUAUCACAAGGAGCUGACUAUUUUAAGUUCGAGUACAUUGAAAUCAUCCUCAGUGGGGUUGGCAGUGGUUCCUUUGUUCUAUACCUUCUCAGUCUUGAUGCGUUAUUCCGAGUUCAAAUCUUUUCGCUGAUGGAAAGUAACAAUCGCUUAGUGGCAAACGGUUUCGCAUGGUCAUACUACUUCGGUUACUUAAAGAUUAUCUUGCCUGAUUUGCAGGAACGGAUUGAGGAUUCGGAAUGGAAGGAUACUUUGUCAUCGAAGAAGCUGUUCAUUUUAAUGCCUCGUGAAUGUUCAGUUCAUACGUCACUCAGCAAGGAAGACAAUCAUAUUGAGAUCGUACCUGGAGCAGUUAUUGAAUAUGAACUUCACCGUGCGGGAGUAUUAAGGCUUUACCGUCUUAACGUUUAUAAGAUAAACAGAAACGAUGGGAAAUGUCCACUUUAUGUGCUGGCCCAUUACGCAUCACCCUUCAGCUCCUUAUAUGAUAUGGGUCACUCGGCUGACGUGAAGCUAAGUCGCGAGGAUCGAGACGAGCAAGCAAAGUUAUUUCUUCGAACGCUGGAAGCAAUAUUACAAUAUCCGUCGGAACCUGAAGUUCAAAAUAACUGCAAACUCGUGCCCUAUGCAAGAAAGUCGGAAUUACAUUUGUCUGAAGUGUUAGCGGAAGCUGUGUUGGAAGAUAUGAUGGACAAAAGUAAUCAGUCUUCUGAAAUUUCACUGGAUGGAGUGAAACAAGAUCAUAAAGAAUUAGACAUCAUUUGA